AUGUCGUCCGCCACCAUCAGCUGCAUCUCGCGCGUCGCUGGCCCGACUUCUAGUGUCACCGCCAUUUCCGAGGUCAUGAAUCUGCACCAGAAGAUCGAGGUCACCACCGCCGACUUCAACGACGCCAGCCAGUGGGAACUGUCACUCCUGUCCGUGAAGAUCGGCUUCGGCCUCAAGAUCAAGGUCAUCGCCACCAACCCUCCCUCUACCACCGAGAACGACCGCGUGUCGCUGCUCUUCCUCGACCAGGCGACACUUGUUCCAACACGUAGAGUGUACGGCGACGUGAUCAUCGCGCGCUGCGAUGGCAAGCCUCUCCACUUCUUCCACGCGUGGUUCGUACUCGAACAGCUCGACGCCAUGCGCGUUCAGGGUGGAAGCGCGCUCUUCAAGGCGAACAUGACCGGCAAUGUCCACGUACACCACCGCGCACGUGAGGCCGUUGCCAGCAUGUUCGCGCCCAAGUUCUUCGUCGCAACYUUUAAGACCGCCAAGGAGAGAUUGCUCAUGCCCUCCCCCCAAGCCGAUGCUUCGCUCGAGAACCCCUGGAUCAAUAUUGUCAAGGCUUGUGGAACUUGUGGCGUGGCGCAGGUUGCUGGCGGUGGCCCUCUGCUGAAGUGCUCUCGGUGCAACUCUGCUUGGUACUGCUCGACGGAAUGUCAGAAGGAGGCGUGGAAGGGCCACAAGGCCGAGUGCACCAAGGAGAUGAAGGCUGAAAAGGCGAUUGCUGGUAUGCAGGAGAAGGUCCGCAAGUAA